CAAUAUUUUAAAAAUGGAAGAGUUUUUCCUUUCAAAUGCUAGGAAGACAUGUCCAUUCUUGGGUGUUUGGCCAAUGCUGAUUUUGGAUGAUUUGGCUGGAAUAGAAGAACUGUCAAAGCAAUGGGAUCUGUCGGACCAUAAUACAGGGACAUGCUUGGAUUGUAGAUAUGCUUGCAGCCUCUGCUAUGCUAUGGACCAAGGGCCAGAGCACCCUAACUGUACAGCUAUAGGGUUGUUGCUGAUUGAGGCUGGGCAGGAGGUGAAUCUGCAUAAUGGAACAGACAAUGAAUCUACUCCAUUGCAUUGUGCAGUCAGAUCAAAACAUGAUUCGUUGGCCAAAAUAAGGUUGUUGAUAAGCCAUGGGGUGGACGUUAACAGCACUAAUGAGUAUGGAAAGACUGCACUUCAUCUUGCAUGUAGGACGAAACAGUCUGAUGUAGUGGACUGUUUACUUGAAGCUGGGGCUGAGGUGGAUCACAAAGACUGUGAAGAAGCAACCCCAUUAUUUGAAGCAGUAUUUGCAGGUUGUCCUGCGGCAGUGCAGCUUCUCAUUAAAGCUGGCUGCAGUCUCGAUUGUGUAAAUGAAGAGCUCUUAACUCCGUUAGAUUACGCAGUGACGUAUCAGCAGCUUGAUAUUGUACCACUGUUACUCAUCGCAGGCUGUCGUAUUGAUAAAGACAGUGGUUAUAAUUACUAUAAGGAUCAUUAUUGUAACCACCUUCUGUAUUCCCUACUUGCAAAGGGUGACUUUGAUAACAUUAAAGUGCUUCUUGAAUGCUGUUACGUUUCCUAUGAGUCAUGGAUCGCGAGGAUGAUAGAUGGCGUUUACGUAGGAGCACAUGGCUCAAUCACGCCAUUAUCUCAACUCAAUAGUGUGGUCAAUUCAACUAAAGAACUUCUCCAGACCCCAAAGUCGUUACGUAGUUGCUGCCGUAUAACUGUACGGAGGACAUUAAUAAAUUACCGCAGCAAGUCAUCACCCAACAGCUCCUUAGAAAAAUUAGUCGAUAGAUUGCCAUUGCCUAGACUUUUACAAGACUUCAUUACCUUUAGAGAGAAUCAAAAAGGCAUUGCUUUCGAUUCUUGAACCAAUUAUUAUUCACAUGUAUUCUUCCAUGAAUUUUCUGUCGAAAGUUCAACCUCUCAUAUUUUGAGAUGUCAGUUUCAACCUCUCAUAUUUUGAGGUGUCUGUUCAAGUCCUCAUCUCUUGAAUUUUCAGUUUAAACCUCUUAUAUUUUGAGAUGUUACUUUCAGUGUCUCAUAUUUUGAUGCGUCAAUUUCAACCUCUCAUAUUUUGAUGUGUCAGUUUUAAUCAUGUAGAUCCAAAACUUUACAAUGGUUAAGAAAGUUUUGGGUUCCAU